AUAUAACAGCCUUCCAACGAGCAGUCGUCGCAGUUGACGGAGAGUAGUAAACGGAACCAGUGGUUUAGUGUGGUAACUUCGAAUCCUAGUGAAGAACGAUGGCCGAAAUGCAACAGGACCAGGAAAAUCAGCAAAUGGACAGUAACGGAAACCCUGGCCGGGAUGACGACAGGAAACUGUUCGUCGGUGGACUGAGCAAGGAAACCACCGAGCAGGACCUGCGGAACCACUUCGGCCAGUACGGCGAGAUCGAAAGUGUGAACGUCAAGACCGAUCCCCAGACGGGCCGCUCGAGAGGUUUCGCGUUCAUCAUCUACAGCAACCCGGAGUCGAUCGAGAAGGUUGUGGCAUUCGAAGACCAUACCGUCAACGGCAAGAAGGUUGAUCCGAAGAAGGCGAAAGCCAGACAGGGAAAGAUCUUUGUCGGCGGCUUGAGUCCGGAAACCAGUGACGAGGAAGUGAAAACGUUCUUCGAACAGUUCGGCAACGUAGUGGAGAUGGAGAUGCCCUUCGACAAGAUGAAGAACCAACGGAAGGGCUUCUGCUUCAUUACGUACGACUCGGAAGCAGUGGUGACGGAGCUCUUGAAGACGCCCAAGCAGACCGUGGGAGGCAAGGAAGUCGACGUGAAGCGGGCUACACCCAAACAGGACGGAAUGCAGAUGGGUGGUGGACGUGGAGGUAUGCGUGGAUCACCGCGUGGAAUGCGCGGAGGUCGAGGCGGCUUCGGCGGUAUGCGAUCCUACGGACAAGGCUGGGGCGGCGGACAAGGAUUCGGCGGGGGAUACAACCAAGGCGGUUUCGGAGGAGGAUUCGGCGGUGGAUACGGCAGCGGCGGCGGUGGUGGCGGAGGCUGGGGAUACGACAACUACGACUUUUCCAGCUACGGCGGCGGCAGCUUCCAGGGCGGCAAACAACGAGGCGGAGGCGGCGGCAGCCGUCAGUACCAGAGGCCGUACUGAAUCCAGGCACUGAGUGAAACUGUCUAAUCACAUUUCCUUAUUUGAGCGGAAUAAAGAAAUUACCCAUCAGAAA